AUGGAUAACAAGCAAGAAUCUAAGAUUCUAUUGAAGCUUCUGGUUGAUGAAAAGAAGGAUCAAGUUGUUGCAGCUGAAGCUAAAGUAGAUUUUAUGGACAUACUCGUUAGCCUUCUUACUUUACCACUGGGAACAAUAAUACGACUCAUCAAAGCAGAGGCGGGAGUUGUUGGCUGCAUGAACAACUUGUACCAAAGUGUUGAAAACCUCAGUGAGGAAGAUCUGUUCAUAGAGCAAUGCAAAACCUUGUUGCUAAAUCCAAGAAAUCCCUAUCCAAAGUAUUGCAUGAGGUUGAAAGUGAACGUAGAUGAUUCCGUCUUUGAGAAGUAUUAUCAGUGUUCAGAUUGCUCAAAUACAAGCUAUUUCAUGAAUGUUGAGUGCCCAUGUGAUGGAACGUUUAAUAAAGAGAAGUUUUUGAAAGAUUUAGUUGAUACUACUUGUUGUGAUGAGUACGUAUUUCUCAAAGGGGGGAUAUCAUUUUUAAUCACCGAGGAUUUGCAAGUCAAGUGUGCUUCUCCAAGCUCUCUUGUUCAGAUGCUUUCUAAUGUUGGCCUGAGUGACAUGUAUCAGAUAAGGGAGAUAUGCUUGUAG